UGGGGUUUUCUUGGCCAGAUUUGUGCAGAGGAGGGAUGCCUUUGCCUUCCCUUGAGGCUGAGAGUGUGUGACUUGCCCAGGGGGCUUUAUGGCCGAGAUGAAAAGAUUCCUUCCUUCCUUCCUUCCUUCCUUCCUUCCUUCCUUCCUUCCUCCACUCUUGCAGAACCCAUUGGAAUAAGAUGUGAUUGCCACCAAAGUUGUUGUUGUUGCGUGCCUUCAAGUCCUUUCUGACUUGUGUUUUCUUGGCAAGCUUAGUCAGAGAGGAGGCUUGCCAUUGCCAUCCUCUGAGGCUGAGAGACUGAGACUUGCCCAAGCUCACCUCUUGGAUUUAGUGCUUCCCAAACUCUGGUGUUUUGGACUCCCCAAAUCCCCAGCCAACCUAACCAACACUCGGGAAUUCUGGGAGCUGAAGUCCAAAACACCUGGAGGACCAACAUUUGGGCAUCGUUGAUCCACAUUUCCUCUUUUACUAUACCUUGCUGUGAAGUCUCAAUGCUUAAAAUUGGCUGUGCAUGCCCUGGUAAUAGUGGACAAUUAUGGCAACCCUAUGCGCAUCUCACCUUCUUGUUUGAACUGAAGUUUUAAUACUGCAAUUCUCUUUCGAUGUGCCACUUCUCUAUAUUUUAAUGGCACCGUUCUUUUCAUAUCGUGAGCCACUCCGGGUCCCAGCAAGACACAAAUAAAUAUAACAUAGGCAGUUUUAGUGCAAUUUUAGGAUUGCUUUCUGGAAGGGUGUCUGUGUUAGAGAGAGGAAGGGUAUCCCUGGGUGCCGAGGGACCCUCUCCUUCCCCCAAAUAUAUACCCCGCUGGUUGCAAGGGGGUCUGGCCUAUAACCACCAGACCAGCUGGAGGGCAUGUUUUGGACCCGUUCCCUGCCAAGAAUGUGACUUGGACCGUGGAAGCGAGCGUCCGAAAUCUCCCGGGAUCAAGGGAGGCUCAGGGGCAAAGAAUGCAUCAUGCUGACUCCAGCUCAAACGGUGCCCAGUCCCUGUCUGGAGGCUGGCACUAUAUAAGCCCAGGGAGACAGUCCGGGCGGCACGCAGCGCAUGGAAGAACUGUCCGCGUUUGGCGAGCGAGCCACGAGGAUUGCUCCUGCCUUCUGCUGGACAUACUCCCUUCUUUGCCAGAUUUCACCUCCGCAACCAGGAUGGCGCAAACAAACCCUCAGCCGGCACAGUUUGGACCCUGGAAGAUCACCAUCUACGACCAAGAGAACUUCCAGGGCAAAAGGAUGGAGUUUGCCGCCUCCUGCCCCAGCAUCAUGGAGUGCAGCUUUGACAACAUCCGCUCGCUUAAGGUGGACAGUGGCGCCUGGUUUGGCUAUGAACACGCCAACUUCUGUGGCCAACAGUUUGUGCUGGAGCGUGGCGAAUACCCCAAGUGGGAGGCCUGGAGUGGAAGCAACGCUUACCAUGUUGAGUGGCUGAUGUCCUUCCGCCCCAUCAGCUGCGCGAACCACAAGGAAUCCAAGAUCACCCUCUUUGAGAAGGAGAACUUCAUGGGGCAGCAGUGGGACAUCCAAGACGACUACCCUUCGCUGCAAGCCAUGGGCUGGGGAAACAACGAAGUGGGCUCCAUGAAGAUCCACGGCGGCGCGUGGGUUUGCUACCAGUACCCGGGCUACCGUGGCUACCAGUACAUCCUUGAGUUCGACCACCACGGCGGAGACUACAAGCACUGGCGGGAAUGGGGCUCCCACGCCCAGACCGCCCAGGUCCAGUCCAUCCGGCGCGUCCAGCAGUAAGGCCAUGGGGACGGGCUCUUUGUCUGGGGCCCCGUUCCACUGGCCAGUGCCCAGGGACUUCCCUCGCCUUCUCUCCUCUCCACAGAAGAACACGCAUGUGCCAGUGGGCUGAGGGAGCGUCUUCUUCUCCAGGGCCCUCCUUGCUGCCACAGCUAUGAAUAAACACCUUGCAAGAAACUGCAUGCCAGGAA